GGCGCAGACACUAGCGCAGCGCAGUGCUGCCGCUCAGUUGAUGCACUCACAUCAGACCAAGCCUGGACGUUUUUUCCCCCCUUCUUUGCUCUGCUGUUUUUCCCUCCGGUCCAUUCAUCGGAGGGGCGGAUCGUCCACCGUCUGCCCCUCAGAAACUUUAUGACGGAGCCAAAAAGCUCCUGCCGGCUUUCCUCUGGCAGCGGCAGAGAGGAGGGACGGGGAGUUUGGAGAGCUCAGGCUGAUGAGUAGAGUGGUGUGAUUCUGUAAAGAGACAGAGAGGAAGGGAGACGCUCCAGCAGCAUCACCGAACCCCCCCUCCCCACCCUUCUCCUAUUAGACCCCCUUCUGUCUGGCUGACACUCUCCCCAAUAACACGCCUUCAGUCGAGACAGGCGGUUCCGUGGCGACCAGGAAACAUGUCACAGACUAGGAGGAACACAUACACCCGGACCACCAGCAGCGGCAGCAGCAGGAUGAGCUCGGACGGGGGCGGGCGUCCCGUCAAAGUGGGCUCCCUGGUGGAGGUGAUUGGGAAGGGGCAGCACGGCACUGUGGCCUACAUCGGCAACACUCUGUUUGCCUCCGGAAAAUGGGUGGGAGUCAUCCUGGACGAGGCCAAGGGCAAGAACGACGGCACCGUGCAGGGCAAACGCUACUUCACCUGCGCGGAGAAUCGUGGGAUAUUUGUGAGACAAUCACAGAUCCAGCUGGUUGAUGAUGGGGCCGACACAACGUCUCCAGAGACGCCUGAGCCUGGCACAGGCAAGGUUCCCAAACGAGAGAUCCUGGAGACGCCCAAGUCCACUAAACUGCGAGGAGUGAAGCUUAAAAAGACUCCUGCACCCCGGAAGACUACGGCCAGAAGGCCAAAGCAGCCCAGCCGACCUGCAGGGGGAAAGGGGGCUGCGUCCGGUUCGGCCUCGGCCUCUGCAGGGGAGAUGAGCAGCAGCGAGCCCAGCACUCCGGCCCAGACCCCUCUGGCAGCUCCGGUCAUCCCCACCCUCCACUCCCCUGGAAACCCUCCAGCACCCGUCCCCACCAAGGAGGACGUCACUAUGGAAACACAGGAGGAGGAGGCGCUGCGUGUUCAGGUGAAGGACCUGGAGGAGAAGCUGGAGACACUGAAGAUGAAGCGGACGGAGGACAAGGCCAAGCUGAAGGAGCUGGAGAAGCACAAGAUCCAGCUGGAGCAGCUGCAGGAGUGGAAGAACAAGAUGCAGGAGCAGCAGGCCGAGCUGCAGAAACAACUCAAAGAGGCCAAGAGGGAGGCAAAAGAAGCCCUGGAGGCGAAGGAGCAUUACAUGGAGGAGAUGUCGGACACAGCGGAUGCGAUCGAGAUGGCCACACUGGAUAAGGAGAUGGCCGAGGAGAGGGCCGAGUCUCUGCAGCUGGAGGUGGACUCCCUCAAAGAGAGGGUGGACGAGCUCACCAUGGACCUGGAGAUCCUCAAGCACGAGAUUGAGGAGAAAGGCUCGGAUGGUGCUGCCUCCAGUUACCAUGUGAAACAGCUGGAAGAGCAGAAUGGCAGACUGAAGGAAGCACUGGUCAGGAUGCGUGACCUGUCGUCGUCAGAGAAGCAGGAACAUGUGAAGUUGCAGAAGCAGAUGGAGAAGAAGAACGUGGAGCUGGACACUCUGAGGAGCCAGAAAGAGAAACUGCAGGAGGAGAUGACGGCGGCAGAAAAGACCAUCGACGAGCUCAAAGAACAGGUGGAUGCAGCUCUGGGGGCGGAGGAGAUGGUGGAGAUGCUGACAGAGAGAAACCUGGACCUGGAGGAGAAAGUCAGGGAGAUGAGAGAGACGGUCACUGACCUGGAAGCUAUAAAUGAGAUGAACGAUGAGCUCCAGGAGAACGCCCGAGAGACGGAGUUGGAGCUGAGGGAGAUGUUGGAUCUGGGAGCUGCGAAAGUCCGAGAGUCUGAGAAACACGUUGAAGCUGCGCAGGAGACCGUAGCCGAUUACCAGCAGACCAUCAAGAAAUACCGCGAGCUCACAGCUCACCUGCAGGAGGUGAACAGAGAGCUGACGAGCCAGCAGGAAGCCUCAGCAGAGUUGCAGCAGCAGCCGCCGGCGGAGAUGUUUGAUUUCAAGAUUAAGUUUGCAGAGACCAAGGCCUACGCCAAGGCCAUUGAGAUGGAGCUGAGGAAGAUGGAGGUCAGUCAGGCCAACAGACACGUUUCCCUUCUGACCUCCUUCAUGCCCGAGUCCUUCCUUCGUCAUGGCGGAGACCACGACUGCAUCCUGGUGCUGCUGCUCAUGCCCAGACUCAUCUGCAAGGCCGAGCUGAUCAGCAAACAGGCCCAGGAGAAGUUUGACCUGAAUGAGAACUGUGUGGAGCGAGCCGGGCUGAAGGGAGCGGUCGGGGAGCAGCUUAGCUUCGCUGGCGGUUUGGUCUACUCGCUCAGUCUGCUGCAGGCUACACUGCAUAAAUACGAGCAUGCUCUGGCUCAGUGCAGUGUGGAUGUCUAUAAGAAGAUCGGCGCUUUGUACCCGGAGAUGAGCGUCCACGAGCGUUCUCUGGAUUUCCUCAUCGACCUGCUGCACAAAGACCAGCUGGACGAGACGGUCAACGUGGAGCCGCUCACCAAGGCCAUUAAAUACUAUCAGCACCUGUACAGCAUCCACCUGGCAGAUCAGAACGAGGACUGCACCAUGCAGCUGGCUGAUCACAUCAGAUUUACCCAGAGUGCCUUGGACUGUAUGGCGGUGGAGGUGGGUCGUCUGCGGGCGUUCCUGCAUGCGGGCCAGGAGAAGGCCGACCUCGCCGUGCUGCUGAAGGACCUGGAGACGUCCUGCAGCGACAUCCGACAGUUCUGCAAGAAGAUCCGCCGCAGGAUGCCCGGAACCGACGCGCCGGGCAUCCCAGCAGCACUCGACUUCGGACAACAGGUGUGCGACACCCUCUCCGACUGUAGGAAACACCUGACCUGGGUGGUGGCCGUGCUGCAGGAAGUGGCAGCAGCUGGAGCUCAGAUGAUGUCUCCUCUCGGUGAACAGGAGGGGCUGUCGGCCGUCAAACUGGAGGAUGUGGCGUUCAAGGCAGGAGAGCAGAUUUAUGGAUCCCAGGGUGCCAACCCCUACGACUGUCUGCGCCAGUCCUGUGGCAUCGUCAUAGCAACCAUGAACAAGAUGGCCACCGCCAUGCAGGAGGGAGAAUAUGACUCAGAGAGGCCUCAAAACAAGAACCCUCUACCUGUGGAUCUGCGAGGGGCGGCUCUUCGAGCUGAAAUCACCGACGCCGAAGGUCUCGGCUUGAAGCUGGAGGACAGAGAGACAGUCAUCAAAGAGCUGAAGAAGUCUCUCAAGAUCAAGGGAGAGGAGCUGAGCGAGGCGAGCGUCCGUCUCAGUCUGCUGGAAAAGAAGCUGGACAGUUCGUCCAAGGACGCAGACGAACGCGUUGAAAAGAUUCAGACUCGACUGGACGAUGCCCAGACUCUGCUGAAGAAGAAAGAGAAGGAGUUUGAGGAGACGAUGGACGCUCUGCAGGCCGACAUUGACCAGCUGGAGUCGGAGAAGGCCGAGCUGAAGCAGCGAAUCAACAGCCAAUCCAAGAUGACCGUCGACGGGCUGAGAGGAACCGGGCCGUCAGGAAUCGCUUCCAUCGUCACAGGAGUGGCAGGAGAGGAACAAAAAGUGAACAUGAUGUCGGGCGUCAGUUCUGGUUCGGGUGUCCAGGUGGUCGACUCUCCUCUGCUGACUCAGCAGAUUGAAGCUCAGAGACUCUGCAUCAAACACCUUAAGAACGACAACAACAGGCUGAAGGCUGAAAAGAUGCGUGCUCAGCUCGCCUCUCUGCCUCCUCUUCACGUGACCAAACUUCCCUCCAGAGACGGAGGUCACCCUAAAGUGCUCUCCAGCGCCCUCUACCGCAAGACCGACCAGCUUCUGGAGACUCUGCUGCAAAUGAGUGCCAACGUCAAGGUGGUGGACAUCACUGGGAAAUCUCCAGUGAUACCUAGUGCUCAGCUCCUGGAACAGACAGCUAGAUUACAGUCCCUGAGUGACACUCUGGGCAGACUGAAGGAUGAAGUAGCAGAGCACGUUGUCCACCAGCAACCUGGAGCUCGAGUCCCGUCUGAUUUUGCGACGUUUCCUUCGACCUCGUUUGUUAAGGCAAAGGAGGAGAAGCAGGGCGACACAGUGCUGGUGGGUCGGGUCAUGGUGCCGUGUACCCGCGGUCAGGAGCAGGUCCACCGGCUCGUCCUAUCCCAGUCUCAGCUGCAGAGAGUUCACAGUCUGUUGCGGACCUAAACUUCAACUGCCCUGCCAUCCUGCCUGCUGCACCAACACAACACCACCACCCCCCACAACAUGUGCUUCCAAACAAGAAGGUAUUUAAGAUCACGAGUGGAGAGAUUACAACCUGAUUUAAAAGGAAGUUGAUCUGUGUCGGUAAGGACUGUGGUUUGAGAUCAGUUUAAUCUCAAAUUUACUUUGGACAUCUAGAACUUUGUUCUGUUUUGAUGCUGCCUUUUCUUGGUUACAGACAUUUAGAGCCUAAAUUAUUAGUCAUUCUACAGAAGAUUAAUUCGAAACAAUUGAUUGUUUUAGCCAUUUCUUCAAUCAAAUUCAAGCCAAUCAAUCAUUUACUGAUAACGUGGGACUUGUUGGUUUUCUUUCAUGUCAUAUUUGACAGUAAACUGAAUAUCUUUUGGUUUGUCAAACCAAAACAAGAAAUCUGAACUCAAGACUUUGGUAAAUUAUAAUGGGAAUGUUCCACUGUUUUCUAACAUUUUAUCACCAGAACAAUUAAGGAAGAAAAUAAUCACUACUUUAGGCCUAACUAAUUCAAGGAAAAUCUGCUUAAAACCAGGAAAGCAGCAUAUUUAUUCAGUGGCGUAAUGAUGUAUAGUGGUUAUUGGUCUCAAAAGGACCUGUGUUAGACUGCCGUGCUCUCGACUACAGCCCUUCAUACUGUAACUUAAAGCUUCAUCUUGCUCGUCGAAAUUUUGUUUUAUGGCCAGAAAAAGUAGAGAUACUUGCAAAUGCACUGCUGCAUGUUGCCCAGAUACACUGAUUUUGUUGUGUAGAAUAUUUAUCAAACUCCUCUUUGGCCCUGGUGUGGAACCUGCAGUGUGGUUCACAUUAGGCCAGAAUAUUGUUACACUGUUAAAGCUACACAGUAUUAGGAUCAUGACAAUUUGUUUUAAUCAGGUGUCACUUUGUGUACUCCAUUUUUAUAACCUAACUGUCUAAAGGGAAAGGCUUGUGAUUCAGAAAUGAUACUGAAAAUAGAAGAUUUGUCCAUUUGAAGUAGUGGGCAUUUUACUGUGGUUUGAUCAACGACACUUUUGCACAUAUACCAAGUCCUGAGUGACAGGAGAAACCAAACUACAGAAUGCAUUGAGGAUUUUGCUCUGUGGUUCGAAUAAAACCUUGUGGACUGCACAGAACAAAAAUGCUGAUUAACCUUAAAGGAUUUACAGUGUAAAAAAUCUCUCUCUCCUUGAAGUUUUAUAAUUUAAUUAAUGGGCAUACUGUAGUUUAAGAGAGGAAAUGCAGACAUAUGUUAUUUAUCUGUGCAGCUGAUGUACUGAAUCUGAAGCUUGUCUUUACCAUGUGUAGCUUCCUGCUCUUGCACAACCGAUCAAUAAAAGACAUUAAAGACA